AUGAUUUUUAUAAUUCAUUUGUUUAUAUCUACUUGGUGCUUUAUCAAAUAUGAUAAAGGGCUUAAUACUAACUUUAAUAGUUAGCUGCAGAGUAGUUUUAAGUGUUAUAACUCAUACCAAUAAACGUAAACGAUUUCAUUCUCGGGAACAUUUUAAAAUAUACCAAAAGUUUUUUUACAAUAAAAUUUGGCUGAUUGGGAAUCGGGAAAUGGUGAGUUUCAAUUAUCAAUCACAAGUGUUAGCUUAACAAGUAAUUAUGUCUUAUCAUUCAGAUUUUAUGGUCUAAAUUGUAUGUCCAACAACCGUCAGGGUACAUAAACUUUAAUUAUAAUGGUAUGCAAUCGAUGAUGAGAGAGUAUAAGUGAUAAAUGCAUUUAAUAUUGCUAAUCCAACCUAAUCAACAAUCUAUUAGCAUCCAAAUGCUAACGUAGAAAAAGCUAUAAUAUUUCUUACAAGCCUAGGUUAUUAUGGAGCACUUGAGUUUGUUUUAUCAGUAUUAAUACAUUAUAUAUAUAGAUAUCAAGCAUAACUAAAACAACUGUAACUGUCAGUAUAUCUAAUCCAUCUUCAAAGUUUGCAAAUAUACGUUCAAUUGGAUAUUAAAUUGUUCUUGGAACAAAUGAAGUUUUUGAUAUUCUUGGCAUUUAAACAGUUACAACCUCAUCUUACAAUAGUGGAAAUCUUAACUUAUAAAAUAAUAAAUGGUUAUAAACACCUAUUAUUGGACUAAAUUACCCCAAUAACUAUUAUUUGUAAUUUAGAUGGACCUAAACAACUACUGCAACAACUAUUUCAUAUACAGUAAAUUCCUGUAAAAAUAAUAAUUAUUUUUAAAGGGGAUACUCUUGUAAAGCAUACCCAUCAAAAAGUAUGGAUGUCUUAUAUAAUAAAUACAAUUUAUUUACCUUUAGAAAUUUAAACUGUAAGAAUUUCUUAAAAAUACGAUUUGGAAGCAUUAAAUAGACCAACCAUAUACACACAACUACCAUAAUCAGAUGAAAUUUUUAAUUAAAUUGGUACAUUUAAUGUAAUAGUUGAUAAAUAAUAUUCACCAGUACUUAUUAAUGUCAUCUUCAAAUGUUCAUAAGGUAAAAAAAUUAAAAGCUAAUUUAACAAAUGUAAUAGUUGUCCAAUGUAAAAAAUUAAGAUCUUUAAUCAUUAUUGCCAUAACAAUAUCAAUUAAAUAUCUUAUUUUCCUAAAUAUAUAUCAACUAUUUAAGCUCAUGAAGAAUUGAAAAUAACUAUUAGUUCUACAAAGAUUACUAUUAACCAAAUAACUUAUAAUGAAGUCAUUACAGAAACUAGCAUUCUAGAUAUAGAACUAUUAAAUACAUGA